AUGAGUUUGGAGUCCCUAAGCCUAAUCUUCCUGCGUCACGAAAUGAACUCAAAUGGGAUAAAGCCUGUCCCAGAAAACGUUUUGGCCAUAUCAUCGUUCCCCGUCCCGACAACCAUCAACCAACUACGCCGCUUCUUGGGGAUGGUGAACUACUAUCACCGUUUUCUGCCCCAUAGUGCCACCAUACUGCAGCCUCUCAACAGCCUGUUGACCCACUCCAAGGAGAUACUGGUGAUGACCGAGGAGGCCGUCAGGUCCUUCAAUGACGUCAAAGCCGCACUUGCGAACGCAACAUUAGUUGCCCAUACUCGCUCAGAUGCUCAGCUAACUCUCAUGACAGAUGCUUCCAGCACUGCCGUUGGUGCGUCACUUCAGCAAACUGUUAGUGGUGUUCUACAGCCUCUGGCUUUCUUUUCAAAGAAGCUCAGCCCAUCAGCGACCCGCUACAGUGUAUUCGGCCGAGAACUCCUUGCCGUCUAUCUAUCCAUCCGGCACUUCCGCCUUUUCCUCGAGGGUCGUGAAUUUGUUGUUCUAACAGAUCACAAGCCACUCGAUUUUGCACUCAGGGCCUCUCCCGAUCGAUACUCGCCCCGUGAAAUUCGUCAUCUUGACUCCAUAUCACAGUUUUCCUGCGACAUCCAACAUGUCCACGGUAAGGAAAAUGUGGUUGCUGAUGCUCUUUCAAGAAUCGAGAUGGUUUCCAUCACAACAGACGCCAUAGACUUCACACUCAUGGCUGAGGCUCAACGAUCGGAUGACGAACUCCCCCAAUACCGCCGCGAGGACUCUUCUUUACGCCUUCAAGAUGUCCCCCUUCCCACUGGCACAGGCACUAUCACGUGUGACCUUUCUACCGGACACGAACUUCCUUUUUUCCAGCAAAAUUACGACGACGAGUGUUCAACGCUCUUCACAAUCUAUCCCACCCUGGAGUCCGGGCGACAGUGA